AUGGCACCCCAAGCUGUUGCACUUGCUCUUGCGCUAACAUUUUUAUUUGCCUCCAACGCCGCCGCAGCUCGGCCAUCAUCAUCGCCGACCAUCUCCCCGUCAAAGUCCGCCCCCGGAGCAGCUCCCAUUCCGGCAGCCAAAAAAGCCAUGCCUCCAAUCCCUCAUGCAGCACCGAAGGCGGCCCCUCACGGAGCGCCGAAGGCGGCCGCCAAGCCCAAUAAAACCUCCGCCGCUUCUCCGGAGGCCUCGGCGGCGCCUGGUCCCGACGGCUCCUCUUCUGUUGAUAUAUCACCUGCUCCGGGCAAUCCCGAUGAGGUGCCAGCUGAUACACCAACCACAGACGGCGCCUCCUCCAUGAAGCUCUCCGUUGCCGGCGUCGCUGCCGCCACUGCCGCCGUCGGGUUCUUGCUGUUUUAA